GCGGCGGCCGCGCUGCCGGGGGCUGCGGGCGAUGACCAUGCUGAUCUGUCUUUUCAGACAGGCCUGGGAGGUACCCUUCAGAAAUACAACUGGAAAAUGCAGCUGAAAUCCAGUAGCACUCUGCCUGUCUCUCUGACUGAAAUAAAAAGCGGCAUGCUCACCAUGAAGAGACUUUUCAGCACUUCACACUCAUCAGUGGAUUCAAAGGAAAUGAAAAAAUUCCAGCUCCUCGCACAUAAGUGGUGGGAUGAAGAAGGAGAAUAUUCAGCCCUUCAUUCUAUGAAUGACAUUAGAGUGCCAUUUAUUAGAGAUACUCUGUUGAACAUGAGUAGUAAUUAUCAUCUGGGAAAUCCGCUUUCUGGAGUAAAGAUUCUUGAUGUUGGCUGUGGUGGUGGACUGCUCAGUGAGCCUCUAGGUAGACUGGGAGCUUCCGUUACUGGAAUUGAUCCUCUGGAGGACAACAUUAGAACAGCAGAUCAACACAAGUCAUUUGAUCCGGUCCUGGCCAAGAGAAUACAGUACAAGUCCAGUUCACUGGAGGAGAUUGUGGAAGAGUGUAUGGAAACCUUUGACGUAAUCGUAGCUUCUGAAGUAGUGGAGCAUGUAGCUGACCUCGAAAUGUUUAUCAAGUGUUGUUCUCAGGUGUUAAAGCCUGAAGGUUCUUUAUUCAUUACUACAAUCAAUAAAACACAGUUGUCCUAUGUCCUGGGAGUUGUGGUUGCAGAAAAAAUCAUAGGCAUUGUACCAGAAGGAACACAUGAGUGGGAGAAGUUUGUUCCCCCUGAAGAGCUGGAGCGCCUCCUGGAAUCAAAUGGCUUUUCAGUCAAGACUGUGAAUGGGAUGUUGUAUAAUCCCCUCUCGGGGUCAUGGAGCUGGAUGGAAAGCACAAGUGUUAACUAUGCAAUGCACGCUGUGAAAUCUGGGGUUCAGGGACAGUCAAGCCCAACAGACGACCUAGGAGGGGAAAAAAAAAAAGAGCAGCAAGCCUUUUCUGUUGGGCCGUGCUUUUUCUACAGCUGCUGUGAGCAAACUGUGCAGUGGUGGAAGAAAAGUCUCCCAGACCAGAGUGCCUCAGCUGUCAGAAGCCUCUUUGCCAUCAAAGUACUUGUAUCUGUGCCUAUUAUUUCAAAUUUCUCCUACCCAAAUAAAGGGAAGUAAAGUUGCAGGUAAAAUUUUACUAAGCAACCAGAGCUUUAUGCUAGAAAAAUGGUACAUUAGCAGCCUGUCCUAGAAUUGAAGUGCCAUACCUACUCAGUCUUAAAGUCUAGUGCCAGGUUAAGGAAAAAUGUUGAUCUGCAAUGAAAUAGGACUUUCUAAAUAAAAUGUCUUGUGUGUA